UCUGUUCGUUUACAGCUAUAGGGCGGGAGAUGAAUAUAUACGUUUUGGCAUUAUAAACCAGCAUUUACAAGUUGACUUUAUGAGGUUUGAAAUAUACAUAUUGCUUCGUCUACGUUCAUUUGUCUUUGGCGUGGCUGGUUUGUGCGGUUGAUGUGGUUUUGUACCGAAUAAAGCUCAAGACUCGACCUAAAAGAUGAGCUCCCUUCUCUCUGAGCGGGUAACGUAUCUGAACAUGCCGGUAGAUCUCUUGGCUAAUGGAGGAACUGCUGAGAGUGAUUCAGACAGUGGAAUGAGCUCACCAAUGGAGGAGGCGUUGAAAGGCACCAACAUGGUCACUGAAGAUCAGCAAGAUUCGGAUGAUGACAUAGCAGUGAGUCGGAAGGGACGCAGUCGAAAGGCACUGCAGGACAGUGACAGCGAUGGAGAGCAGGAAGAGGUCGGAAUGGCGAAUGCUCUACUCCUGUCGGAGUGUAGCGAUGAGGAGAUAAAGACCAAUGAGACUGAGAACAUCAAAAAGAAGUGGGGGAAGAGAAUAUCCCGCAUCUCAAUGGAUAGUGCUGAGAGUGAGCCAGAGAAAGAUGUUGAAGUCAAGCCAAAAGAAAAGAAAAAGAGGGAGAAGUCACAAAGACGCAAAGAAAAAGAGAAGCGCAAUGUUAACCUUGUGAAGCGGCUGAAAGAAAAAACAAAAGAUGCCCCUCCACUCAAAGCACUUAAUGACAGUGGUUGUCUGCUGGGAGACCCUGAUCUAUUUGAUGCCCAGCUGGAGGAAGAUUCUGAACAACAGUUGGAGGAAGAAGAGGAAGAGUCUUUGGAUACUAUCCGAUCAGCUGUUAAAAAAAAGGCUAAACGCAAACCUCAUCUGUCUGAGUUCAGUGGUGAUGAGGAACAAGAGAAUAAACCACAGCGCAAGGAAAGGAAAGCCGCAAAAGCCAGCAAGGAGGCCCUCAAACAGCUCCACAGUGAGAGUCAGAGACUAGUGCGAGAGUCCAUGGUCAGUCUGCCAUAUCACAUGCCAGAGCCCAAGAGUAUUGACCAGUUCUUCAAGAGAAGACCUCAUCCAGAGGGAUCUGCCAUGGCUUUGCUCAAGUCUGCAAAGUACCAGGCUUGUAUCUUAAAAGCCAGUGCAAAAUUACCUCUAGAUCAAGCCAAAAAAUCCCAACAUAUACCUGAGCAGGACCUAAGCCCUCAGACAGACACAUCUGUGGUGUGCAACAACCAGUCAUCCACCACAUCCCUGCCUCUAGUAGGCACAACCACCAGUACUCCCCAAGAUGCUCCUACUAAUGAAGGAGAAUCAGAAACCUCUAACUCCAAUGAAGCACAUGCAGAACCUGAAAUAAGCACUAAUGAACCCAAUCCUGUAGGUAAAGUGAGAGACUCUCCCACUGAGAAAGAAAUCAAGGAAGUUGAACUUUCAGACCAGGCAAAGCAACAGCUCUUAGCUGAGCAGGCCCAGACUAGUGCCGAGCACUCUGUGCAGGCAGGACCUCCUAUAAUCAAUCCUGAACCACAGGUGACGAAACCUCAUAAAGAUAAGCUGGCUAGGCUAAGAGAGCUUGGUCUAGACCCCCCUCCUGUGGCAAAACUUUGUGCAGUUGAUGGGGCUUUUGUUCAGCUGGAGCCACCUCAUGAAAACCCAGCUUUGAGAGCACUACAGGAACGGUUCAUGAAGCAUAUGCUGCCUGUUGCUCGUGCUAAAGGUGAGCGCACAUUGCAGCUCAGUGUCGUGAGAAAAGACAGUGCCACUUCUGGACAGAUAGAGCUGCACGCUGAAUCUAUCACAUACACCAUCAAUGAGGGAGAGGAGAAGCCUGCAAAUGCCAAACCAGGUGAGAAGCUGGUUCUGUUGAAGUCUCGUUUGCAGCAGGCCAUGGCCAUCCGCAGGAAGGAGGAGAGGGAGCGCAGAGCUGCUCUGUAUCGCCUUGACAAUGAGGAUUGUGAGGAGGAAGAGGAAGCAGAGAUGACUGAGUCAGAGGAUGAAGAGGGUGUUGAGGAGUUGUUGGGGGGUGGUGAUUCUGAGGAGGAAGAAAAAGAGGCUGUAGAGAAGGAUGAAGAUGAAGUUUCACUGAAAACAUGCCCCUCCCCAGGUUUUAAGAGUCCCUCUCCUACUCCAGCAGACACUGAUGGGACACUGAUGCUGUUUGCUGGCAACUCCUGCUCCCGCACUGGAGAUGAUGUGAGAAGAUCAGGACCAGUUGGCCAUGAAACUGACAAUAAAAUAGAAGAGGAUGACACUCUUUCAUUGGCUAAGGACAGCAGUCAUAACAGCAGCUUUGAAUUAAUGGGCUCAAUGAUCCCAUCAUAUCAGCCAGUCAGUAGGGCUGCAGGCAGGGGCCUGUCAGCCAGAGCAUUUCGCUCUCCCUCCCCCUGCUUCUUCAGACCCUGCUUCCUUGGCUCUGCCUCGAAGAGCUCAGGUAAAGUGUCCGAGCCCUCCCUCUCCCUUCCGGUAGAGGACUCUCAAGACCUUUAUGCUCCAUCUUCCCCAAGCGAGUCUGCCCUCCCUCCAGUUGGGGACUCUCAGGGUCGCUUCUCAUUGGAGGAGGACACCCACUCCCAACUCCUGGAUGCUGAUGGCUUCCUAAAUGUUGGCCCUCACGGCGCACCCAGCCAUUCCCACAAGCGGCAGCUAAUUCUAGACAGCCUUGAUGAAAACGCCAUGGACGCUAACAUGGGUGAACUCCUAGGACUCUGCUAUGGGUCAGGGCAGUGCCAACCUGGGGCAGAGGAUGAGCUGCUGGGGCUGUGCUCUGGAGCAUUUUCUACACAACCUGGAAAACCAGAAUUCAGGCCCAUGGAGAAGAACAAGACCUUUGAGCCAGAAGAGCAAAAAGGGGAGAGUCAUGGCAGCUCAGAUGCAGACAUGGACCAGCUGUUGGCUUUCUGCUCUGGCAAGUUCACAGGCAGCCCAUCUGCUUCAUCACUGCAAUCAAUCUCCAGUGCUACCUUUGAAAAGCCAUCUGAAACAAGCAGGAAAAAAGACAUAACUGAGGAGGGUGACUGUGAGUUCCGGCUCCUGUCAGAUGUAGACAGCCUCAGCGAAAAGGAGGAAAAUGAGGAUGAAUCAGACACUGAAGAAGAGGAGAAUGAAGAGGAGAGAGAGGCAGUUUUUGGGCCACGUCCUGGCAAAAAGAAAAUACGCCUGGCAGAGUUUGUGGAAUCAGAGGCAGAGCUUUCUGGCAGUGAUUUGGGCAGUGAGGAUGAGGAUGAUGAUGAUGGUGGUGAUGAGUAUGAGGAGGAAGACCUACAGGAAGAGCUGCCAUCAGAUGAGGAACUGAUGGACCAAGUCAACAAAAUUCACAUGAAACAGGUCUUGGAUGAUGAUAAAAGAAGACUGCGACUGUAUCAGGAGCGUUACCUUGCUGAUGGAGACCUGCAUUCUGAUGGACCCGGACGAGCUCGCCGCUUCCGCUGGAAAAACAUUGAUGAUAACUUUGAGAUUGGUGGAAUGGGACCUGAUGGAGAUGAGGAAGUGGAGGAUGAAGAAGUGGAUCAAAUAGAGUUACAAAGACGUAAAGAGCGGCUAGAGAGGGAGCAGUGGAUAAGAGAGCAGACUGAAGCUAAGGCCAAAAAGGAGGAUGCAGAAGAUGAAGAAAAGCUUGGCGAGGAGGACAGUCAAUUUAUGAAGCUGGCCAAGAAGCUAAUUGCCAAGACCCUUCAAACGAAAGAUACUGUAGUUGUUCCUAUACAAGAGAAGGCAACUCUCAAUUCCAACCAGUUCAGAAAGCCUACUGUGGUCAAAAGAGGCUCGUUACUCAGUCAGCCUCGAGCAAUGUUGCAGAAGUUGGCCAACAUUUCUGACAGAAACCCUUUGGCCCCUCGUAACUCACGAGGUUUCCUCUUCCAAACCUUGUCACCAGAAAAAGAGACGCCUGCAUCAGAGGGACCCAAAAAACAGAUCAAGAAACGAGGACAGAUGGACUCCAUGGUUCCUGCUGCCAAGCGACCAUGUCUAGGAAACUCCCUCAAAGCCCCAGGACCACCACGAAGUAUAUUCAGCUAUCUGGAGAACUGAAGUUGCUUCUGACAUCCCCAGUAUUAUGGACGUUUUAUUCAUAAUUAUUGGUCUCCCCAGCCAUUUCAAAUCCCAUAAUGACUUUGUG